AUGUCGCAUCCGAUAAUCUCACGAGAGGAGUUUCUGAAAUAUGUUCGUGCCUUCAACGCACACGACUUUGAGGUGCAGCACUCGUUCUAUCACAAGGACGUUACCUUGAGCCUCCCAGACCCUCAAACCUCACUACUAAAGGGCUCAGAAGGGAUAAAGGCGCAUUACGAGCCCCUAUUUGAAGCCGCAGAUGAGAUACUCGUCCCGAUAGCGGUGGCCCUCGAUGGUCACAACAUCUUCUAUAUAAUGCACAGCUACUUCACGUAUAAAAAGAAGUUACCGGCCGGCGUUUUUGGACACGCUGUGGAGCCUGGGGAUAUUAUUAAGAUCUGUGUUUGGGCGCACUACGUUGUAAUGGAUGGAAAGAUGAAGACGAUUGUCUGCAAUCUGCUUUAUGACUCUUUCUUGGGCAAGGCGAACUUGGACGAAGCUCUCGCUGAAAGCAGGAACAUUGCAGACCCAGACCUACAGAACUUUCAUUAG